AGCACAACCCCAGCCAUGGCCGGCUUCGGCGUGGACACGCGCCCGGCGGCGGCGGCGGCGGGGGAGGGCGCGCUGUCCUUCAUCUCGCGGAGCCUGCGGGAGGACCUGCGCCUCAUCCGCGCGCGGGCGGGGGAGCUCGAGACCCUCCUCACCGCGCCAGUCCCGGAGCCCGACCUCUUCGCGCGCCUCCGCAGGGCCUACACCACCUCCGCCUCCUCCCCCGGCUCCACGCGCCUCGACCUCUCCGCGAUAGGGAAGGCGUUCGAGGCCGAGGUCGGGAGGGGGUGGGGCGCCAGGGCCAAGGCCGGCUGGAAGUGGGAGGAGGAGGAGGACGCCGGGGUGUGGGACCCCAUACGCGCCGUCAAGGCGCGCCUCAGGGACCUCGACCGCAGGCGCCAGGACCAGGCCUCCGACGUGCUCCACAAGGUCAAGCUCAGCUUGAAAUCGAUGAGCUUUGCACCUGAAGCAUCUGAGGAAGUUCCACCAUUGGAUUUAAAUGAACUCCUUGCGUAUUUUCUAAAGCAAUCUGGACCAUUGUUUGACCAACUUGGUAUAAAAAGAGAUGUGUGUGACAAGUUGGUGGAGUCUCUGUGCAGCAAGCGCAAGGACCACUCUGCAUAUGAUCUGCUGUCAACUAGUGAACACUCUUCAUUCAGAAAUGAUAAUGUUUGUGAUGAUCUUGAUCUAAGGAUAGCUAGCGUCCUACAAAGUACAGGACAUAAUUAUGAAGGUGGAUUUUGGGAUGAUGGGCAAAAGUAUGAUGUAGCUGACAAGAGGCAUGUCGCCAUAGUCACUACAGCCAGUCUUCCCUGGAUGACGGGAACUGCUGUAAACCCUUUGUUUCGAGCUGCGUACUUGGCUAAAUCUUCCAAGCAAUAUGUAACCCUAAUGGUUCCCUGGCUUUGCAAGUCAGAUCAAGAGCUCGUCUAUCCCAAUAACAUGACUUUUAGUUCCCCAGAAGACCAAGAAACAUACAUAAGGGAUUGGCUGGAAGAAAGGGUUGGAUUUAAAACGGACUUCAAAAUAUCAUUCUACCCUGGAAAGUUUCAGAAAGAAAGGAGAAGUAUAAUUCCUGCUGGGGACACUUCACAAUUUAUACCAUCAAAGGAAGCCGACAUAGCAAUUCUGGAAGAGCCUGAGCAUCUGAACUGGUACCACCACGGGAAGCGCUGGACCGAUAAAUUUAAUCAUGUUGUUGGUGUUGUGCAUACAAAUUACUUGGAGUAUAUCAAGAGAGAGAAGAAUGGUGCCGUUCAAGCUUUUUUUGUCAAGCACAUUAAUAAUCUUGUUGCCAGAGCUUAUUGUCAUAAGAUUUUGCGACUAUCAGGAGCUACUCAAGAUCUAGCGAGGUCCAUGAUCUGCAACGUACAUGGUGUUAAUCCCAAAUUUCUGGAGGUAGGGGAGAGAAUAGCAGCAGAGAGGGAGUCUGGCCAGCAGUCCAUGUCCAAAGGAGCUUAUUUUCUGGGGAAGAUGGUCUGGGCCAAAGGCUACAGAGAACUGAUAGAUUUGCUUGCGAAGCACAAGACCGAUUUGGAUGGCUUCAAACUGGAUGUCUAUGGAAAUGGUGAAGAUUCAGUUGAGGUGCAAUCAGCUGCCAAGAAGUUGGAUUUAAAUCUUAAUUUCCAUAAAGGCCGGGAUCAUGCAGAUGAUUCUCUUCAUGGGUACAAAGUUUUUGUAAACCCAAGCAUAAGCGAUGUCCUCUGCACGGCAACUGCUGAGGCGCUAGCCAUGGGCAAGUUUGUGGUGUGCGCAGAUCACCCGUCCAACGAUUUCUUCAGGUCAUUCCCAAACUGCCUGACAUACACUACAUCGGAGGAUUUCGUCGCCAAAGUGAAGGAAGCGAUGACCCGUGAUCCCCAGCCCCUCACCGCCGAGCAACGGUACAACCUCUCGUGGGAGGCUGCGACGCAGAGGUUUAUGGAGCACUCCGAGCUGGACAAGGUCCUGAACAAUAGUACUGAUUCUGCCAGCACCUCCGGUAGCGCUAACAGUGUCGACGGGAAGAUGAGGAAAUCAGCCUCGGUGCCAAACAUGUCGGACAUCGUAGAUGGCGGGCUCGCUUUCGCCCACUACUGCUUCACGGGCAAUGAGCUCCUCAGGCUGUCAACCGGAGCGAUACCGGGGACCCUGAAUUACAACAAGCAACAUAGCUCGGACCUGCACUUGCUGCCUCCUCAGGUACAGAAUCCUGUAUAUGGCUGGUAAGACACAACCACUAGUAUUAGUAGGAGUACAUAGAUAGGUCUGUAAUCUGUGACACUAGUUGUUCUUUCUUCCUCUCCUUGAUGCCAAAGGCAAGCCCUGUUCAUUAUUACGUAUCAUUAUUACAAAACUACAAACCACUUGUAGCAUUAGAGAUGGUAAAGAGUUUUGAGUUCUGA